UGUGAUUGGUUGACAUGAUACCAAGCAACAGGAUCAUCCAGUCACCUUCAAUGCAGGGAGGAUGGCUGACAGGCUCCCUGGGUGACACUUCAUGCAAUCAGAUGUCGAGUUGGACUGUGACAUAGAGCCAUGUGGCCACACUAAAUUCCCCCCCACCCUUCCCCUGUCCACAACCGUCAUUGUCUGUUCUUGCCAUCCAGUGGCCACUGCCUCCACCAUGGCUGAGGCUUUCUCUAAGACAACCUCUGAGGAAGACCAGAGCAUCCAGGAGCCCAAAGAGGCCAACUCCAUGACGGCCCAGAAGCAGAAGAAGUGAGGGCUUCGAGGCUCCCGUAGGCGCCAUGCCAACAGCGGCGGAGAUAUCUUCGGGGACAGCUUUGCCGCCUAUUUCCCCCGGGUGCUGAAGCAGGUUCACCAGGCCCUCAGCCUUUCCCAGGAGGCCGUGAGUGUCAUGGAUUCUAUGGUUCGUGACAUACUGGACCGCAUCGCCACCGAGGCUGGUCACCUGGCCCACAACUCCAAGUGCGUGACCAUCACCUCCCGGGACAUUCGGAUGGCCGUGUGCCUGCUGCUGCCGGGGAAGAUGGGCAAGCUCGCUGAGUCUCAGGGCACGAAUGCCACCCUCAGGUACACCAAAAGCAAGUGAGCUAUCUCAGGAGCGCCUGAGCACCCGGAAAAGCCAAACGCUCUGUUCAGAACCACCACACGUGGCCCUAAAGACCAGUGGCCUGCCAAGGA